AUGGCUCAGUACAAGGGCGCUGUGAGCGAGGCGGGCCGCGCCAUGCACCUGAUGAAGAAGCGGGAGAAGCACCGCGAGCAGAUGGAGCAGAUGAAGCAGCGGAUCGCCGAAGAGAACAUAAUGAAAUCCAACAUCGACAAGAAGUUCUCUGCGCACUACGAUGCCGUGGAGGCAGAGCUCAAAUCCAGCACCGUGGGACUUGUGACCCUGAAUGACAUGAAAGCCAAGCAGGAGGAACUGGUAAAGGAGCGGGAGAAGCAGCUGGCCAAGAAGGAGCAGUCGAAGGAACUGCAGCUGAAGCUGGAGAAGCUGCGAGAGAAGGAGCGCAAGAAGGAGGCCAAGCGGAAGAUCUCCAGCCUGUCCUUCACCCUGGAGGAAGAUGAGGUGGCGGGCGAGGAGGACAAGGAGGAAAAGAUGGCCAUGUACGAGGAGGAGCUGGAAAGGGAAGAGAUCACCACGAAGAAGAGGAAAUUGGGGAAGAACCCAGAUGUGGACACAAGUUUUUUGCCUGACCGAGACCGUGAGGAAGAGGAAAACCGGCUCCGGGAAGAGCUGCGGCAAGAAUGGGAAGCCAAGCAGGAGAAGAUUAAGAGUGAGGAGAUUGAAAUCACCUUCAGUUACUGGGAUGGCUGUGGGCACCGGCGGACCGUCAAGAUGAAAAAAGGCAACACCAUGCAGCAGUUCCUGCAGAAGGCGCUCGAGGUCCUGCGCAAAGACUUUAGUGAGCUCAGAUCAGCAGGGGUGGAGCAGCUCAUGUACAUUAAAGAGGACUUAAUCAUACCCCAUCACCACAGUUUCUAUGAUUUCAUCGUCACCAAGGCGCGAGGGAAGAGUGGGCCACUCUUUAAUUUUGAUGUUCAUGAUGAUGUGCGGCUGCUCAGUGAUGCCACUGUGGAGAAGGACGAGUCACAUGCAGGCAAGGUGGUGUUAAGGAGCUGGUACGAGAAGAACAAGCACAUCUUCCCCGCCAGCCGCUGGGAGCCCUACGACCCCCAGAAGAAGUGGGACAAGUACACGAUCCGGUGAAUGCAGAGG